AUGGGCAGUGUGGAGGAUUCAGCAUUGUCCAUGAUGAAGAAGCUGUUUGAGAGCUUAUGGAAACUGGUGGAGCAGAUCCUCUCAGAGUUCCAGCUACAGGAUGAAGAUCUGAAGAAGGUGAUGCGUCGGAUGCAAAAGGAAAUGGACCGGGGGCUCAAGCUGGAGACACACGAGGAAGCCUCAGUGAAGAUGCUGCCCACCUAUGUGUGCUCUACCCCCGAAGGCUCAGAGGUUGGAGAUUUCCUAUCUCUGGAUCUUGGGGGUACCAAUUUCCGAGUGAUGCUGGUGAAAGUUGGUGAAGGUGAAGAAAGACAAUGGAAAGUGAAGACAAAGCAUCAAACAUAUUCCAUCCCAGAGGAUGCCAUGACAGGAACAGCUGAAAUGCUCUUUGAUUACAUCUCAGAAUGCAUCUCUGACUUCCUUGACAAACAUCAGAUGAAGCACAAGAAGCUACCUUUGGGCUUCACAUUUUCCUUCCCUGUUCGCCAUGAAGACAUCGAUAAGGGGAUCUUGCUGAAUUGGACCAAAGGCUUCAAAGCAUCAGGAGCUGAAGGGAACAAUGUAGUGGGUCUUCUGAGGGAUGCUAUCAAAAGGAGAGGGGACUUUGAGAUGGAUGUGGUUGCAAUGGUCAAUGACACAGUGGCAACCAUGAUUUCCUGUUACUAUGAGGACCACCGAUGUGAAGUCGGCAUGAUAGUCGGCACAGGCUGCAAUGCUUGCUACAUGGAGGAGAUGCAGAAUGUGGAGCUGGUGGAAGGGGAUGAAGGUCGGAUGUGUGUAAAUACUGAAUGGGGAGCCUUUGGGGCAUCAGGAGAACUGGACGAGUUCCUCCUGGAAUAUGAUCGUGUGGUGGAUGAGACCUCGCUUAACCCCGGUCAGCAGCUGUAUGAGAAGAUCAUAGGAGGGAAGUACAUGGGGGAGAUUGUACGACUCGUGCUGUUGAAACUUGUCAAUGAGAACUUACUCUUCAAUGGAGAAGCUUCAGAGAAAUUGAAAACCAGAGGAUCUUUUGAGACGCGUUUCAUCUCACAGAUUGAAAGCGACCCCGGUGACCAUAAGCAGAUUUACAACAUCCUGACAUCUUUUGGGCUCUUGCCCUCAGUAACAGACUGUGAUAUUGUCCGCAUGGCCUGUGAGAGUGUUUCCACACGAGCUGCACAGAUGUGCUCCGCGGGGCUGGCCGGCGUCAUCAACCGCAUGAGGGACAGCAGGAGUGAGGAGACACUGAAGAUCACUGUGGGUGUCGAUGGCUCCGUCUACAAGCUGCAUCCCAGUUUCAAAGAUCGGUUUCACACAACAGUCAGGCAACUCACACCGGGCUGUGACAUCACUUUCCUACAGUCGGAGGAAGGCAGCGGCAGAGGGGCAGCUCUGAUCUCAGCAGUCGCGUGCAAAAUGGCCUGCAUGAUCGGCCAGUGA